AUGACUGAGCUUUGGGAUGAAUUCAGGCGUGACAAGAUGCAAGCUAUGGCUCAACUGCCUCCGAACACGGGCAGGGCAAAGGGAAAGGUUGUGUACAUCGACACUGAAGGCACGUUUCAACCGGAACGGUUUCGCCAGAUGGCUGAUGGCAAGGUCGAUUUUACUGAGAUGGCGAUGGAGAACAUCGUGUAUGCCGGCUGCUAUACCUCGGGCCACUUUGCAAGGCUGCUGCUGGAAGCGGCCAGCCGCAUGGUCAAUGACAAACACCGCUUUUCGCUCCUGGUUGUAGAUUCCAUCAUGGGCGGCUUUCGGGUCGACUACACUGGUAGAGGUACUGAUGGUCAGGUGAGUUAG